UAUUUUAGAUUAUCAUUAAGCUUCAUUUAAAAUAGCUGACUUCAAACAAGAAGUAAUGUGUAGCGUUUCGAAUAAAACAAUUUUGAUCACUGGCGGUGCUAAUGGUAUUGGUGAAUUCAUUGUAAGGGAAGCACUUGAAAAGGCAGCAAAGCAUGUUACAAUUUUAGAUAUAGACGCCGACUCGGGACACAAGCUGGAAGCCGAAUUAAAUGAAAAAUAUGGAGAAAAUAAGAUAAAUUAUAUACUGUGUGACAUUACAAAUGAAAAAGAACUAUUUAAUGCAUUCAAUAUCGCUAUUGAAAUGUACAAUAGUACUUUAGAUGUAGUCAUAAAUAAUGCUGCAAUUUUAGAUGACUCUCCUGACAUGUACAAAAAAGAAAUUGAAAUUAAUUUUACUGCUACUGUUGCAUCCACUUUGAAAGCUUUGGAAAAGAUGCGUAAAGAUGAAGGUGGAGAAGGGGGAACAGUUAUUAAUAUAUCAUCUAUGUCUGCAUUACAUCAAUUAUCGCCUUCUUAUUACAUCUAUGCGGCAACAAAAAGUGCCGUACUGCACUUCAGUAACUGUAUUGGUAUGGAUAACUAUUAUGAACGAACUAAGGUAAGAGUGCUUACUGUGUGUUUUGGAAGCACACAAACAAAUAUCGCAAAUAAUUUCCGCCUCUGCGAUAAAAAAAUAACAAAGGAAGAAAUUAUUGAGGUCUUCAAAGAAUACAAACCCGGCCAAAGUGCCGAGGCAGCAGCUAAAGGUACUUUAGAAGUUUAUUCAAAAGGAAAAAGUGGAAGUACAUGGCUGGUUAACAAUAACCAAGUGAAAGACAUAACAAGCUAUAUUAAAAGAGCAUACGCUAUAUUGGAAGAAGGAAUUAAGACGACAGCGAUCUCUUGAGAAAAUUUUGACGCAACGGAAGAUUCUAGAAUUAUAACUAAGUUUAUGACUAUCUCUGUAAUUUAUUACAGUACAUAUUGUGAUUCCUUACCUUAAUAAUUGUAUCACAUGUUUUAUAAAACAAUGGCCAUCUU